AUGCAAACAGAUCAAGUUAAGACUGUUGUUAUUUCAUGUGAUAAUAAUGAAGGCAAAACGAUUUAUAAUGAUAUAAUCAGAUUACCUAAGACUCUUUAUCAAGAGUAUGAAAGUCUUUGUAAAGAAAGAAAGAAACAAUAUUAUUGUCUAUUACAAACAAUUUCACAGAAACGUUUUAUUGGGGUAGUAGGAGGAGUAUCUCAAGAUGACACAGUUCAGAUAGAGUGUGAAAGAUUUGAUGCAAUAGAAGGAGGGAAUCUAGUCUUUUCAGAAUUAAAAGAAGUUAAAGAAAUCAAGAUUAGACCAUUGGAUCCAUAUUUUUAUUGUUCAAAGAAUUACAAAAUAGUGAUGAAAGGAUUAUUGCAGGGAUUUCACUGUGUUUAUAGUGGAAUGGUUCUAUCAUAUUAUCUUCCAAUACAUUGUGGAAUUAAAAAGAUUUAUAUUGAGGUAGAGAGUGUUAAUGGAAGUGAAGGAUAUGGAUAUUUAAAAGGAGAAGACUUUAAAUUGAGUAUUCAACAUCCGUUUGAAGCAGAAGAGAUAGUUAAAGCUAUGAAAAAAGAUCAAAUAAAAAGUGAAGAAUGGAAAGUAUCAAACAAGAUAAGUCAAUGUGAGUAUUGUAAAAAUGAUAUUCGAGAAGAAAAGAUGGAUGAACAUUUGUUUGAAGAAUGUAAAUAUCGGGCAGUAGAAUGUGAAGGAUGUAGAUUAUAUUAUCCUAUGUGUUACAAAGAAGAACAUCAAAAAGAAUGUUUGAAAUAUCAAAAAAUAAAAGGAGAAAAAGAAAAGAAAGAAGAAAAGAAAGAAGAAAAGAAAAAAGAAGAUAAAGAUAAAAAAGAAAAUGAUAAAGAGAUUGCAAUAUUAAGAAAGGAAAUGGAAGAAUUAAGAAAAAUAAGAAAUGGGGAGAUAAUAAUAAAUAAAGAAGUCAUAAUAAGUGAAGAGGUUCAAAAAACAUUGGAAGGAUUUAAAGAAAAUAGUGACAUAAAAGAAGAGAAAUCAAGAAUAGAAGAAAAAGAGUUUUCAGAAGAUGAAUAUGAAGAAUUACUUAAAGAAAAAAAUAGAAAAGAUAAAAGAAAAAAGAUUUCGGACGAAAAAGAAGAAUUCGUAUUAAAAGAUGAAGAAAAAAUAAAAAAAAAGAAAGAAAAAACAAGAAAUAAUAAAAAAUAA